UACCAAUCUCUCUCUCUAUCCUUUCUAUUUAGUAAACAGAAUGAAUACAUAACCAUUCGUCUGUGUCUCGGCUUCUGGCAUCUGAUACCUUGGGACGAGAAAGGAGACACAUCCGUCCAUGAGUGGGUGGUUUCGCUCAUUUCCGGUGAAAAUAUAUGUUGCGCGCAAACAGCAGUUGAAUUCCACACUUCACUCAACUUUGACAGCAAGACGAACUCCACACUCAGCACGAUCUGCGCAAGACACCUUAGGGAGCAAAAUCCUAAUGCCAAUGCUUUGUUCUUACCGGUAUAUAUCGAACCUCGAACUUCUCAAUGCUCAAUGUCUAGUAUCAGCACCUGAACACGUGACCGAAUCACAGUACAUAUGCUGCUCGCCCUCAAGUGGCAGACGCGACCGGUCACAUUCCCCGAAACAAAAAAACUCAGCAAGUUUCCAGGCCAGGCCGAUGGCCGCAAUGACGAAGCCUAGCAACAAUUCAGAGCCUGCACUUGUUCAUACCAAAUGUGUCGCACCCCAAACAUCAGUGGAAAGGCAAGACCAACAAACGUACUGGCAAGAGCGACCGACCAUGCUAACCGAAGGAAUAAAAUUCUUGUCUGCGAAAAAUAAUACCAUCGAAAGUAACCUAUCUGAAUCUUCCCAUCAAAUUUCACAGAUCAGUGACGGUAGCUUGCUCAAAAACACAUGUCAAUCUCGCUAUAGUACAAAAAGGAUAGCCAUCUGCCCGAACGCCUCAUGUUCCGGAAAGUCGAACAUCUCAUACGAGUCCCCAAUCGCCUUGAGCACACGAUUAGUGACGGGAUCGUAGAUCCUAGUCUCUUUAGCACUGCACUCCUGCCGCAGCAACCAGCAACCAGAAACAAACUCACGAGUUAAUGCGGGUAAUAUCGUCGAUGAUCAUGAUAGCUGGACGCGUGAUAUCCAGCACGAUCUCCUUGACCGGCACAUCCGAGUUGCAGGUGAACACGAUCGAGGAAUCCUCCACAUCCAGGAAACCCUGCGGAUCCUCGACGACGUUCAUCUUCAGCAAGUUCAACAGGCGCUUAUCCUGCGCGUCAUACAUCGGGUCCUGCAGCGAGCAGGCCAACGGCUCGUCCGAAUCGCCC